AUGCAAUAUAGAUUAGUUAAUGUCUUGGAUAUUUCUCAGCCUUUAUUGGACCAUUCUGAGAAGAAGAGUCCUAGUCUGUUGAAGGCGGUUGCCUUAAAUGAAGAAGAUAAGAUGGUUGUGUUGUACUUAGAGAUGGAUGGUCUUUCGUUUGGUAGAGGCACUGUCUUUACUACUAAUGAGUAUCCGAUCAUUAAAAUGUCACAGGCUAAGAUAGUAGCCAAAACAAACUAUGCGGUAGAUAAGCAAAUGUUACAGGAGCUUUUAGAUAACAUGAAGGCAAAAAGGUAA